AGCUGGGGGAAGAUGUGGGAGUUAGUACGCGCAUCACUCCACCAUCCAAGUUCCCAUUCCGCCUCUUUUACUCUUCCCUGCCUCCUCCCUCCUCUCCUAAAUCCCUCCUUCCCUUCAUUACCUCCCUUUCCCCUGGUUCCUCCCCCAUCCUCUUCCAUCUAACAGUUCCCUCUCCUCCUCUGGCUCGGUCCCUCCUCGUCUCUUUCGCUCUCAUCUCCUUUCCCUCCUCCAGCCCUCGGCGGCGUCUGCGUCAGGCCCCCCACUAGCGUGACGCGCGGGGUCUGGGUGGGAGCUGUCCACUCACCCAGGUGCUGAACGCAGCCGCGGCUUCCCGGGCCGCGCGGGUGGAAGUCGCUGGGUGCCUUCUCCGCUCCGAGAAGCUCGUUUCCAGUCCUCGGACCGUCAGCCUACCGCCCCGGCACCUCCCUUCCAGCACCACCCCUUUGGGACCUGAGCCAGGGGGGCAGCAGUCGCGGCGGCGGGUGCUGAGCAACGGCGGAAGACAACACCUGGCAGCAGGCUGGAAUCUGAUUUGCUUCCUUUUCGGCUUUUCUAAGAGAUAUAUUUAUAUACGGUUCUGGGGAGUCUCCAGGACCAAGCUGGAGCCAAGUGCCGUCUGCCUGACCACCUCGGCCACACCGUCUCUAUCCCCCCUCCCCACCUUCGGCUGACACCGCCAACAAGCCUUACCUCCGUGCAUCUGCGAGGAGAGGUAGCAACAGCAGCGAGCCCAGCCAGCCAGAGGCAGCCGGAGGAGGGAGGGGCGGCGUGGGGGUGGGAGCAGAGAGCCGGCCGAGGCCGCCCUAGGUGGGGGAGCGGGGGCAGAGCUGCCGACAGGACCUGGCAGUCGCCCUCCUCCGCCCCCACCCGCCAGAAGCACUCUUUGCUGAUUAUCUGAGGACUGAAUUGUUCCAUUAGUAUUAUUUUUUUUUUAUUCUCCCCAUCAUUUCCCCACCGCCCCUACCCCCACGCGCCUGCCUUGUCUCUGGUUGCAUGGCAGCACUGCCCGGGAGCGGGGGCCCAGGGCCAGCCCCCCGGGAAGGAAGAGGAGGAGGAUCAUGAAGCCUGGAGUCGCGACCACGCUGGACCGCGGGCCGCAGCAGCCAGAGGACCAGCCGGAGCAGCAGCACCCGCCGGGGAGACACCAGGACGCCGAUCAGCAGUCGCUUCUGCCGCCACAGCAGCAGCGCCGGUCGCGUGCAGACCCACAGCAGGAGGAGGAGGAGGACGACGACGACAGCGACCCCGAAGAGGACGAGGAGGAGAAAGCAGCGAGGCCACUUUCCAGCCCGGACCUGCCUGUCUUCCAGCUCUCGAACCUCGCCCGAAGGGACCUUUGAUGGAACCAAGGGGAGGGGCCUCCGAUUUACAGACUGCAGCUGGGGUGGGCUGGGGGCUGAGAUCAUGUAACUAUUCCUUUCUCCUGUCCCCUCCCCACGCCCCUCUUCUCCACCUCCUUUCUCUGCUCCAUCACCUUCCCUCUCCCAAAUACACUCUUCCUCUAUUCAGGACUUUAGGCUCUGGAAGGAAGCAGCCCUUCGAGGGUUAAGGAUCUUUUUUUUUCCUACAUCCUUUUCUGGUCCACCGCCCUAUACUCCACCUCGUCUGUGUAGCCUUUGGCUGCAGAGACCAAGCACAAGCUCUUUGCCCAAUUUCACCUGCAAACAGUCUCCCAACCCCUUUCUUCAAAGCAGCUCUGGUGCUACUGGGGGUUUAUUGCCCCAGUUUUCUGCCCAAGAGAAUCAGAACUUCUCCUAACCUUCUCUGCCCCCCUCCCCCAUCUUGCCUUCCCCCAACCACUUCUUACUACCUGAGGAAGCCUAUCUGUUCUCUCUCUCGUGCAGUCUUCACUGAGCUGGUUUCCCUAAGCUCAGAUCUAGCUGCUCCAAAUUUGAGUUAUAAUCUUCUCCACCCUUUUAUAUAAAGGAGAUUUACCACAGCCUAGAGAUUUGAGAAGAAUCUCUCAAUCUUUUCCUUGGGAACUUUUAACAAUUAGACAUUGGUCAUACAUCCCAAUGUUUCUACUGCCCUGCUCCUAGUAGUACUCGGGGGUCAAAGACAGAAAGGAGACAACAGCCUGAAUUAAGUCUGAGGUUGGGGUGGGGCUGCCAGGGCAAGAAAAACUUCUUUUUUUUUUUAACUUUGCAUUUUCUUAGGAGCGUUCAGAAUCAUUGACUCCCAGUUGUCAGUCGAGGAGGUAAUUUAUUUGCUGCUUGGAGGGGGUUAUAAGAAGAGCCAAUAAGAAAGGAGGUUCUUCCAUAACACAGAAACACUGUGGACCCCAAGCCCCACCCUAUCCACCUCUUCAAAGACUCCAACUGCCCCUCUCCAGUCCUCUGCUUCCCCAUCACAUGCUCAUGCCCCUGGGUGGGCUGCUGUGGUGCUGCUGCUGUGGCUGGUACUGCUGUGGAUUGUGCACCCCAGCUCCCCAGAUGUUGCGCCACCAGGGUCUCCUCAAGUGCCGCUGCCGAAUGCUCUUCAAUGACCUGAAGGUUUUCCUGUUGAGGCGCCCCCCUCCAGCGCCCCUGCCCAUGCACGGUGACCCCCAGCUCCCUGGUGUGGCGGCCAACAACAACACCCUUCCGGCUCUGGGUGCCGGGGGGUGGGCAGGCUGGAGGGGCCCUCGAGAAGCGGUGGGAAGGGAGACCCCUCCUCUGCCGCCUCCACCACCUCUGCCUCCUUCUGUGGAAGACUGGGAUGGCCCAGCCACAGGGCCACCUGCCUGCCUGCUCAGCAGUGCUUCCUCCGAGGAAUUCUGUAAGGAGAAAGCUGAGGACGGCUACUCUCUAGGAAGUAGCUUGGACAGUGGUAUGAGGACUCCCCUCUGCCGCAUCUGUUUCCAGGGACCAGAACAGGGAGAGCUGCUAAGCCCGUGCCGCUGUGACGGUUCAGUGAAAUGUACCCACCAGCCAUGUCUCAUCAAGUGGAUCAGUGAGAGGGGCUGCUGGAGCUGUGAGCUGUGUUACUACAAGUACCAUGUCAUCGCCAUAAGCACAAAGAAUCCUCUACAGUGGCAGGCCAUAUCCCUGACGGUCAUCGAGAAGGUUCAGAUUGCUGCCGCCAUCUUGGGUUCUCUCUUCCUCAUCGCCAGUAUCUCUUGGCUCAUCUGGUCAACCUUCAGUCCCUCAGCAAAAUGGCAGCGCCAAGACCUCCUCUUCCAGAUCUGCUAUGGGAUGUAUGGCUUCAUGGACGUGGUGUGCAUAGGUCUCAUCAUCCACGAAGGACCCUCCGUAUACCGCAUCUUUAAACGAUGGCAGGCCGUCAACCAGCAGUGGAAAGUGCUGAACUAUGACAAGACAAAAGACUUAGAGGAUCAAAAAUCAGGAGGCAGGACAAACCCGCGGACUUCCUCAUCAACCCAAGCCAAUAUCCCCUCCACGGAAGAGGAGGCAGCAGCCAGCCCUCCUGCCCGUGAAGAGGGCCCCACCAGGGCUGCCAGCCACCCCUCAGGCCCUGGGUCCCAACACCACUGUGCUUACACCAUUCUGCACAUCCUGAGUCACUUGAGACCUCACGAACAGCGGAGCACGCAGGGCGGCAGCCGAGAACUCGUCAUGAGAGUCACCACGGUGUGAAAGGAGGCCGGGGAGGAAGGCUGAGACCACACACACACCCCGCCCCCAGGAAAGCGGCUGGGCCAGGAGGGGCCCAGGAAGCAGGCAUGGGAGGCAGAAAUCCGGCCGUGGGUGGGGGGCCUCGAGGGAGCCUGGAGCAGAGGGGAGCCGUGGGGAGGCUGCCUGCUGGAGAGAUCCUGUGAUUUCCAGUCUGUUGGGUUUCACAGACUGCACAACGGAGGGUGGGACAAAUGGAACCCGCUCUCAGAAAACACUCCUCCCUGCAGAAUGACAAGUAGCAAGGCACCCAGAAAGGGCUGGGCAGAAAAUGGCAGCCGGUACCCGAGGUACCUGCUGCCCCUGUGGGUUGUGAGGGCAGCAAAGAGAACAAGCCAAGGCCACCCGUGGACCAGCUUUUGUAAUCCGCACCUCUCUCCCAGUCUGGGGUUUGCUCCUCUUUGGGUGCUGCUUCCCAGCCCUGGGUGCCCCAGGGACAGAGUGGGACCUUGUGAGCUGGUACCCCUACCAUGCUUGUCGGGGAUGGUGGGGGGGAGCCUGCACUCUGCAAAGUUCCAGUGACUCAGAUGGCUUCACGGACCCCCGGGAGACCGUUCAGGAAGGGAGCUGCAGAUAUGCCUGGCGAGAGAUGGGGCUGUGUCACCCCAGAGAGAACUUUCCUAGCUGUAACGGCGAGUAUCACAUGAGCUCAAAGAAGGCUGAGGUUUGGGGAUGGGCAUCUUUCUGUUCCCUUGUUUAUUUUAUGGUGAUUGGGCUCAAAGAUGUUUACAGGAUGGGGGACUCCUUACACACAUACCUGUGUGCGUGUGCGUGUGCGUGCGUGCGUGCGUGCGUGCGUGUGUGUGUGUGUGUGUGUGUGUGUGUAGAGGGAAGUAUGGAUUUCUCAUGAGUAUCUCAAGCACACAGCUGCUGCUGCGGCUUUAACCUUCAAAUGCCAGGCCAGGGAUAAUUCGCCCUACUGCUGAGCCCCACCCACACCCGGGAUAAUGUAGUGCCAUGUCCUUUUGGCCUUGGCAUUCGAAAGGGUAGGCACACACACGCACACAUGCACGCAUGCACACACACGCACACGCAUGCACACAUGCAUACACGCACGCACACAUCCAGAGCCUCCCACCUGGGUCUGCUGCAGUGUGGGAUGACGCUGGCCUGUGUAUCUCAAGAAAGGAGUGAACACCGAUCUAAGUAUUCCUGGCGUCCUGGCACCGGCACCCUCCCUGAAGAGGCAGCUCUGCUCGCCUUGUGCUCAGUGCGGUGCGCACCUUGGUCCUCCCUGUGCGACCGAGCACUCCAAGGAGCCCGUGGGGAGCACUAUCUCAGGAGCCGCCCGUGUGUUCCGGGACCUGCCAGGGAAGGCCGCUGGGUGAUCACCCACAGUUUCUUACCGUCGUGGCACAAUGGACGCGCCAUCCUUGGGUAUUAAAAGGACAGUGUCGAGUACUUUUUUAAACUAGUUUUUAGGGUUUUUUAAAACUCUCUGUUAUUUGUAAUAUUCUCUUAAAAGCUUGGAAAUAAAAUGUCUUUCCCUACCA